AUGUCGUCCCGCGCGCCCUCGCGCCGCCCAGAGUCGGUCUACUCGGCCUCGGGCUCGAGCUUCGUCUCGGCGUCGACCGUCCCGUCCACCCCGCCCCCGGGCGCCCAGGGCGACAACCUCGCAGAGACGCGCAAACGCCAGGGUCGCCGCGACGAGGCCAUCCGCAAGAAGAUCGAGUCGGAGCUGUCGCGCAAGCGCCCGCCCUCGAAGCGCUCGGGCCAGUCGAGCCAGCAGCAGCAGCAUUCGUCUUCGUCUCGCGCGCCUCGCCCGCUCAAGGGUACCGUGUCGGCCUUGCGCCCGCUCCCCGCCCUCACGGUCCCGCACGGCAUGAGCGUCUCGGACGCGAGCCAGCUGUGCGCCGCCAAGCGCACCGACUGCGUUCUCGUCGUCGACGAGGACGAGCACCUGUGCGGCAUCUUUACCGCCAAGGACCUCGCCUUCAGGGUCGUCGGCGACGGCCUCGACCCUCGCACGACCCCGGUCAGCGCCAUCAUGACGGCCAACCCGAUGGUGACGCGGGACACGACCUCGGCGACCGAGGCCCUCCAAACCAUGGUCACCCGCGGUUUCCGUCACCUCCCCGUCUGCAACGAGGAGGGCGACGUCGUCGGCCUGCUCGACAUCACCAAGGUCUUCCACGAGUCGCUCGAGAAGCUCGAGAAGGCGCACGGCUCGUCGCAGCGCCUCUACUCGGCCCUCGAGGGCGCCCAGGAGCAGUUCGGCGGCGCCGACGCCGGCGCGAGCAACCCGCUCCUCGCGUACGUCCAGGCGCUCCGCGACAAGAUGUCGUUCCCGGACCUCGGCUCGAUCCUCGACGCGCGCACGACGGCCGCGACGGUCGGCGUCAAGACGAGCGUGCGCGAGGCGGCGCGCAUCAUGCGCGAGAAGCGCACGACGGCCGUGUGCGUCAUGGAGGGCGCCGACAUGAAGAAGAUUGCCGGCAUCUUCACCUCGAAGGACGUCGUCCUGCGCGUCAUCGCCGCCGGCCUCGACGCCAAGACGUGCAGCGUCGUGCGCGUCAUGACGCCUCACCCCGACACGGCCGUCCCGACCCUCAGCAUCCAGGACGCGCUCCGCAAGAUGCACGACGGCCACUACCUCAACCUGCCCAUCGUCGACGAGGCGGGCGCCCUCAUCGGCAUCGUCGACGUCCUCAAGCUCACGUACGCGACGCUCGAGCAGGUCAACACGCUCCACGCCGACGCCGGCGGCGCCGCCGACCCGGCCGGUGGCCCCCUGUGGGGCCGCUUCUUCAGCGCCGCCGCCCAGGCCGACGACGACGGCGACACCGAGUCGAUCGUGUCGGGCCUCGCCGGGUCCGAGGCGGCGUCGUCGUCGCAGGCGCCGUUCCAGACGCCGACGCGCCCGGGCUACCACCGCGGCCUCGACAGCGUCGACACGCCGGGCAGCGAGCUCUUCCCCGCCGACUCGGCCAGCGUCGUCAACGACGACGCCUCGUCCGAGGUCGGCCUCGGCGCCCCGGCUCGUCGCGGCGGCGCUCCUCCCGCCGCGUCGAGCGUCGGCGCGUCCCAGGCGCCGUCGUCGAUGCAGCAGCAGCUGCCGAUCGUCGACGACGGCACGUACCUGUUCAAGUUUGUCGCGCCCGGCGGCACGACGCACCGAUUCCAGGCCCGGUACGACUCGUUCGAGUUCCUGACCGACAUCGUGUCGGGCAAGCUCUCGUCGGACCCGUUCUUCGUCGUCGACGGCGCCGCUCAAGGCGACGACAACGAGCAGCAGCAGCAGCAGGCGCAGCCGGACCCGAGCGACUUCCAGCUGUCGUACCGCGACGACGACGGCGACCUCGUCCUCGUCACGGCCGACGGCGACGUGACGGACGCGGUCGCGACGGCCAAGCAGCAGGGCAAGGACCGUGUCGUGCUCCACGUCAGCGGCGGCUCGUCAUGGAAGGCGGCCCUCGCGAGGCGCGACGCUGCCGCCGCCGCUCCUGCGGCCGAGCCGGCGCCGGCGCUCGUCAAGAAGCUCGUCGUUGUCGAGGAGGAGGCCGAGGGCGCCGAGCACGACGCGCCCGUGUCGCCCGUCGCCAAGGAGGACGACGCCCCUCGUCGCGCCGCCCGCAAGGCCGCCACGUCGUCGUCGUCGUCGAGCGGCGACGGCGACCUCGUCGCGGGCGUCCUCCCCAAGGAGUACCUCCUCCCGGCGUCGAUCGGCUUCCUCGGCGUCGUCAUCGCGACCGUGUUCAUCGUGUCGCGCGCGAGCGGCAAUGCGAGGUAGAGUGGGCGAGCGCCCCGCCUGGCUCUCGG